AUGGAAACCUCUUUAGAACCGUUGUCCCUUGUUGCAGAAGAGGAUGAGGGAAAUCAGGUUCCUUCUAGCCCUGGCUAUAUUCAAUCUCAGUAUGACUUUUGCUUGUUCUACAAUGAUGAUGACUUGGAAAGCGUCAUGACGGGCUUGCCAUGGCACUUCAGUCGCCAUUUGUUGUUAUGGCAUAAGCUGCAAGGUCAUGAAGAUCCUUUGCUGGUUCCCCUAUUAAAGACUAAAUUUUGGGUGCAGAUUCAUGACCUUUCUGCGGGUUUUAUGAUGGAAUCGAUUGCAACAAUGCUAGGAAAUUUCAUUGGUGAGUUAGUUGAGUAUGAUAUGAGACCCCUACCUGUUGCACUGUGGAAGUUUAUGAGAAUUUUAGUUAGAUUGGAUAUUACGAAGCAGUUGCAAUGGAGGACAAAACUUAUUACCCCAUCUGGAGAAGCUAUUUUUGUCUUGUUCCGUUACGAGAAACUAUUUGUCUUCAUACGCAAGCUUGGUCACAUGGACAAUUAUUGUGAGCUACGUUUACAUCGACAUAAGGAGGACUUACAACUGUAG